GUUUGUUUGUAUCAGUAUUCCUAUUAUGUUCUUGCACUUUUUCAAAUAACUUCUGAGUUUCGGCUAACAAUGUCAGGAGUAGAACAUCAGGUUGUGAACACUGAAAGUUGUGGAAAAAUUAACGUAUUCAUACAGGGUCCACGUAAUACAAAAGUUGCUUUCUUGACAGUUCAUGAUCUUGGAUGCAAUCAUAAUGAAAUUGUUAAUUUUCUUGCACACGAAUCCAUGGAACCGUUAGUUAAUCGAUGUACCUGGGUACAUGUAGAUGUUCCAGGACAAGGAGACGGGGAAUCAGAUUUACCUGCAGAUUAUACAUUUCCUUCAGUUCAACAACUUGCAGAAGGCAUGAGUGAAGUAUGCAAUGCACUUAGAUUACAGUAUGUUGUUGUUUUCGGUGAAGGAGCUGGAGCAAAUAUAUUAGUUAGACUGGUGAUGUUAAGAUAUGACAUAGUUUUGGGUGCUGUUUUAAUUCAUUGUACUGGGACAACUGCAGGGUUAUCUGAAAAUCUUCGGGAUAGAUUAAUUGGAUGGAAAUUAAAUACAGUUGGAAUGAAUCCAGCUGCGGAAUCAUAUUUAUUAAUGCAUCGUUUUGGUUCGGCUGCAGAUUCAGAGGAUGAAGUGGAAGUACGAGAAGUCCUCAUAAAAUUUCGUCAGUCACUUAGAACAGCCAUUAACCCAAGAAAUUUAAACAAAUUCAUAAUGUCAUUUAUGUCACGUACAAAAAUCCUGGAACAUGUCGAUCAAAUAAGAUGUCCCGUUUUAUUUCUAACCGGUGCAUUAGCAUCACAUAAUCAUACAGUGUUUCGCCUAUACAAUGCUGUUCUAUCUGCUGUACGCAAUGAUCCAAAUCUUCAAGGUAAAGUUGAGUUGAUUCAACUAGACAACGUUGCAAAUGUAUUAAGUGAACAGCCUGAAAAAGUUGCCGAAUCUCUACAAUUUUUUAUCCAAGGAUUAGGUUUAGCUGGUGGUUUAGUUAAUCGACGUAUGAGUAGUACAAUACCUGUAGCUAGAAAUAGAUCAUUAUCAAUGGAAGAAUAUGAUCAACCAAAAGGUGCAUCAAAUUGUAUAUUUCAUAAAAAUCGUAAAUAUAGUACAACUACUGGUAGAUUAAUACAAGAUGAUAGUCCAAUUAAUGAACAAGAAGAUCAAACUGAAGCUUAAUUAUUAUACUCAGCAUUAUAUAAAUAUAUAUCGAUAUAUAUAUAUAUACCUACCUAUAUAAUUAGUUUAUUCUACCUUUACUAUUCUGAAUAUAGAUUUCCUUUAAAAACUAUCAUGAUACAUAUACAAUAAUGAUAAUCCUCUUUCAUAAUUAAUACAACUUUCUGAAUGGGGUUUAUUUUUUAUUCAAUCUUUUUUUUUCUUUAUUAAUAAAUAGGCUUCGUUUUUGUUUCCUGUUUAGUUUACAAAAAUCAUUCUUUCUUAAUAAUAAUAAUAAUAAUGAUAAUCAACAAUUUUUUUGGCCGAAUGAUUUUUCUAUUGUUUUUUUUCUUUUUUGAAAAAAAACUUAUUAGCUAGGAAAAAAUUUUCUUUUCUCUUCCCUACCUUCUUCUCAAUACUACUACUACUACUAACGACUACUACUACCACGACUACUACUACCACUACUACUACUACUAUCGACUACUACUACUACUACCACUACUACUACUACUACUAUCGACUACUACUACUACUACUAGUACUACUACCAUUACAAAUUCUUAUAUUGUCAAUUGAAUUAUAAUCAAAAAAGAAAAGAAUAAAAGAUUAUAAAUCAUGGAAAUAAAUCUUUAGUUGAUUAUUAUUAUUACUAUUACAAUCAUUUUGUAUUGUAUUUUUACUGUAGCUUUUAUAAUAAUCAUCUUACUUUACAACUAUUAUUACUGAGUAUAUACAAUUCAUCGUCAAUUACUUUCUUCAUCUUUCACCUUGUUUCUCUUUUUGAAUGAUUUCUAUGUUUGUGUUUUCUUGACAUUACAAUCUAUUGUUUACGUUACAUUUUAUUUGUAGAAUAAUUAAUAAUAAUAAUAUGAUUAUUGUUACUUGUUAUUUUCGUUAGAUA